CUGUUUAGUCGGCGGAGGCGCGCCUGUGCGGCCCCCCGACUAUAAAUCCGAGUUAAAACUGACUUGACUUUGUUGCCGUGACAUUUUAUGACGGUCAACGUUCGCGCACGCGGAUGUGAAUUUAAAGAAAUAAGCGCGGGAAGAGGAAAAAAAGAGGAAAGUAAUCAGGCGCUCUUCGGACACACGUGAUUAAGGGUCCUGAAAUGAAACCGUCGCGCAGCGUUGUAAUUCGUAACACCAUGGCGGCGUCCGCUCGAGCACAGGUGAUCUCUCUGUACAGGACGAUGCUGAGAGAGAGCAGCAAGUUCCCCUCGUACAACUACAGGACCUACGCAAUGCGGCGGGUGCGUGAUGCCUUCAGGGCCAACAGGAAAGUAGAGGAUCCAAAAGCUGUGGAGAGACUGGUGGAGGAGGGACAGCAGAUGCUGGCACUGAUACAGAGACAGGUCUCCAUAGGGAAGAUGUUCGAGACCCAGAAGAUCGUGGUGGAGUAACGGCGGCUGGAGGAG